AUGUUUCUCAUAAAUUGUGAUGCGGAUGGUUCCUACAGCAUUGUACAAGACGAGGAAGUUAUUUACGACGAAAGUCAGCCGCCGAACAAUGGUGACAAAGUGUUAUUUUUUUGGCAGAAUUUGAAGUAUGAGGGAAAAGUAAUUACGCGUUCAGAUAACAGCAAGUUUUUGAACAAUGAACUGAAGAAGUUGAAAAAAAUGUCAUCGAAAUCAAAUGCCAAAGAAGAAAGGAAUUUGAUUCAAUCUACUUCUUUGCCUUCCUCGGCGCAGGUCUCUAUCACGCUAGUCGGCAUCGGUGCUCAAAAGUCCAAUAAGCCAAGAGGAAUAGUCUCGUUAACAAUUAAGCCUCACUUUCAGUCGGACUCUAAAUUCCACAUCUCAGCUCAUGUUCUUCCAAAGCUAACCUCGACCAUUCCGUCAGUUCAGAUUAACCCUGAUUCAUGGAAUCAUCUUGAAGGUCUAGAAUUUGUCGAUCCCGAAUUCAAUUUGCCUGGUUCUGUCGAUAUCAUAUUAGGAGCUGAGAUAUAUAGUCAAAUCAUAGCCAAAGGAAUCAUAAAAGGGCCAGCUAACUCUCCCAUCGCACAGUUUACCACCUUGGGGUGGAUUAUCUCUGGUCCAACUGGUACUACUCCUUCUUCUAGUCAAGCUCAAACUCUUCAUAUCUCUGUUGAUCACGUGCUCCACGACAUCCUCCAACGAUUUUGGCAGUUGGAAGAACCCCCAACUACGAGACGGUCCCCUCUGUCAGCCGAUGAACAAGAUUGCGAGAUGCAUUUCCAAUCUACUCAUACUCGCAAUUCGAACCGGCGAUACACGGUUCAACUUCCCUUUAAAUCAGCUCCCACUCAAUUAGGAAACUCACGAAGCAACGCUCUACGAAUGCUUUAUCGCCUUUCGAAGAGACUCACAUCCAAUCCACAGUAUCAGGACUCGUAUACGAAUUUCUUGACGGAAUACGAAUCUCUUCGGCACAUGCAGUUGGUUCCACCCUCUGAUCCAGAGCCCACUCUAACAUAUUAUUUGCCGCAUCAUGGUGUUCUUCGUGAUGCUAGCCUCACCACGAAACUUCGCGUAGUUUUCAACGGUUCAAGUCGAACUUCAACCGGGGUCUCUCUGAAUGACCUCCUUCACACCGGAGCCGAACUUCAAACCGAAUUGCUUGAUGUAAUCACAUGGUUCCGUCAAUUCCGCUACGUCUUUUCUUCAAAUAUUGAGAAGAUGUACCGCCAGAUACAGGUGCAUCCGUCUCAUUGGGACUUUCAGCGGAUACUGUGGAUCAAUCGGUCGAAUGAAGUUCUUACUUUCCAACUCACUACGGUCACAUACGGCUCAGCGUGUGCUCCUUUUCUUGCCCUACGUACGUUACUGCAAUUAAUCAAGGACGAGGGAGAUAAAUACCCUCUAGCCGUUCCAAGUCUCACCCAGGGAAGAUACGUGGAUGACGUUUUUGGCGGAGCCGACUCGGUAUCACAAGUGCAAGAAACAGUACGACAA